AUGGCAACGGCGAGGCUGUCGUUGUUGGAGGGAGCGGAAGAGGCCGUGAGUCUGGUAGGGGGUAGCGAAGCAAUUCAAGAUCCCUUCUUUUAUCUGUGUGGACGGUUGCUAGCACUGUUGAGACUCGUCGGAAUCCAGUCGUUCUCGGCGGCGAUUUUCGGGGUAUGGGGGCUCAAGGAUAGGGUUUUGAUCCAUGAAGAGGAAGCAGGGAUUUAUGUCUUCCAAUUCAAAGACCAAGAGGAGAAGAAUCGUGUUCUCAACGGCAGUCCAUGGUUCUACAGCAGGUCGAUGAUGGUGCUGGAGGAUUACGAUGGAAUUAGUUUUUUGGAGGCGGUGUCUCUUCAUUGGCUGGAACUCUGGGUGGCGGUGAAGGGGCUGCGAAUUGCCAUGUGCAAUGAGCGAGCCUUUAACCCUACGAGGGAAUGCUUUGGGGUUUUUGUUAGAUUUGAUGUCGCGGCGCUGCAGCAGAAAGAUCCUAUCCAAAGGAUUCGCUUGAUCCACGACAUCCGCAGGAGGAUAUGGGCUCGUCAUACCUAUUGCUUUUCUUCGAAGGUUUCGGUGUUGUUGGAAUUCAAGUAUGAAAAAUGUCACGGUAUUUGUACGGCGUGUGGUUCCUUUGGUCACGGUGGUGGCAGUUGUGACAAGGGUUUGACGGUGGAGGUUCCGGCGUUGACGGCGUCGGUCAUGGAGCCAGUAAUGGCUGGAUUGGCAUCGGAACAGGCCGGAAUGGAGUCGGAGCAUACUGGGCUGGGGUCGGAACUUGGAGUGGAGGCUGGGUCAAUGGUGUGA